UUGAGUGCAGCAGCAUGAAACAGAGCUGGGGACCAGGACUGCUCAUCCUGGGAGUGGUGGUCCUCAUAGAGGGUCUUCAAGCAGCUCAGCGUGCCUGUGGGCAGCGCGGCCCUGGCCCCCCCGACCCUCAGGAGGGCAACACAGUACCUGGCGAGUGGCCCUGGCAGGCCAGUGUGAGGAGGCAGGGAGUCCACAUCUGCAGCGGCUCCCUGGUGGCAGACACCUGGGUCCUCACUGCUGCCCACUGCUUUGAAAAGGCGGCAACAACAGAACUGAACUCCUGGUCAGUCGUCCUGGGUUCUGUGCAGCGUGAGGAGCUGGGCCCAGGGGCUGAGGAGGUGGGAGUGACUGCCCUGCAGCUGCCCAGGGCCUAUAACCACUACAGCCAGGGCUCAGACCUGGCCCUGCUGCGGCUUGCCCACCCCACAACCCACACACCCCUCUGCCUGCCCCAACCUGCCCAUCGCUUCCCCUUUGGAACCUCUUGCUGGGCCACUGGUUGGGAUCAGGAUACCAGUGACGCUCCCGGGACCCUGCGGAAUCUGCGCCUGCGCCUAAUCAGCCGCCCCACAUGUAACUGUCUCUACAACCGCCUGCACCAACGGCCGCUGGCCAGCCCGGCCCGGCCUGGGAUGCUGUGUGGGGGUGCCCAGCCUGGGGUGCAGGGGCCCUGUCAGGGAGAUUCCGGGGGUCCUGUGCUGUGCCGAGAGCCUGAUGGACGCUGGGUUCAGGCUGGGAUCAUCAGCUUUGCGUCAAGCUGUGCCCAGGAGGACACCCCUGUGCUGCUGACUGACAUGGCUGCUCACAGCUCCUGGCUGCAGGCUCGAGCUCAGGGGGCAACCUUCCUGGCCCAGAACCCAGAGACCCCGGAGACAAGUGAUGAGGACAGCUGUGUAGCCUGUGGGUCCUUGAGGAAAGAAGGACCCCAAGCAGGAGCUCCUUCCCCAUGGCCCUGGGAUGCCAGGCUGAAGCACCAGGGGAAGCUAGCCUGUGGCGGAGCCCUGGUGUCAGAGGAAGUGGUGCUGACUGCUGCCCACUGCUUCAUCGGACGCCAGACCCCGGAGGAGUGGAGUGUAGGGCUGGGGACCAGACCAGAGGAGUGGGGCCUGAAGCAACUCAUCCUACAUGGCGCCUAUACCCACCCAGAGGGGGGCUAUGAUGUGGCCCUCCUGCUACUGGCCCAGCCCGUGGAACUGGGCCCUGAUCUGCGGCCCCUCUGCCUGCCCUACGCUGACCACCACCUGCCUGAUGGGGAACGCGGCUGGGUCCUAGGGCUGGCCCGCCAAGGAGCAGGAAUCAGCUCCCCUCAGACAGUGCCCGUGACCCUGCUGGGGCCUAGGGCCUGUAGCCGGCUACACACAGCUCCUGGGGGUGACGGUAGCCCCAUUCUACCAGGGAUGGUGUGUACCAGUGCAGUGGGUGAGCUGCCCCAAUGUGAGGGCCUGUCCGGGGCACCACUGGUACAUGAGGUGAGGGGCACAUGGUUCCUGGCUGGGCUACACAGCUUUGGAGAUGCCUGCCAAGGCCCUGCCAAGCCCGCGGUCUUCGCAGCACUCCCGGCCUAUGAAGACUGGAUCGGCAGUUUGGACUGGCAGGUCUACUUCGCCCAGGAGCCAGAGCCCGAGGCCGAGACUGGAAGCUGCCUGGCUAACAUGAGCCAACCAGCCAGCUACUGACCGACAACUCUGGGCUGUUCGCAGGACACGAGAACACAGCCAGGCAGUUCCUGCCUCACCGCCCCUGUGCCUUCCCAUCCCUGACCCAUGUGUGGCUCCAGGCACAGGGGCAGGCCCCAAAGCCCAGGUGGCUGUGGGAAGAAACCUGCCCAGGACCAGAUGCCCCCAUUCCCCACCCUGCAGGACAGGGAUGCCACCUGUGACGCUCCCACACCAGCCUGCUGUUCGAUGCAGGCAUCCCCAGCUUUCCCUACCCUUCCUCCUCUCAGAUACAAUCACACCAGGCACAUGUUUUGAAAAUUUCUUUUUUUGGGGGGAGCAAUUUCCUUUUUUUUAAAACUUAAAUAAAUUGUUACAAAAUAGACUUUAAAAAAUAA